UCUGCCACACUCUCUCCUCUCCCACUCUCUCUCCCACUCUCUCUCCUCUAGAUGAUCUUAUUAGAGAAGCUGGGGCAGCAGUUGGGUCAUCCCACCCGGUCAGUGUAUGGUUGGCUGAUCACUAAGUUCCUGAAGUAUCACAACAAGAUGUUAGAGGAGAGUGCGGUGUCUCUGUCUGGGAUCCAGCCUGGAGAUACAGUGUUAGCAGGGCUGGGCCUGAAGGCUGCAGCCACACUGCUGACAGAACCUACUGGGAGACUCAUAGGAGUGGACUACUCAAAAUACAUGCACAAGAUGGCAGGUGAUCUUCUGAAGGAGUUGGUGUCCAAUGGGAAGGUGUCUCUGUAUCAGUGUGAUGUGGCAGCCAUGCCUCUAGCAGACAAUAUGGUAGACAAGGUGUUCCACUGUAAUUGUUACUACUACUGGCCAGACCUGAGGAAGGGAGCUGCAGAGAUACACAGAGUCAUGAAACCAGGAGGUGUGAUGGUGACUGACAGAGUGGUCAGCUUUGCGUCCAGGAGGGAGUUCCCUGGACGGAGCUGGCAACCCGAGGCCUACAUGGCAGCUCUGAGAGCCUCUGGGUUUAACCAGGUCACAAUGGAGGAUCAUCAACACAGACACAUCACCUGCCAGGCCAUUUACGCUACUGCUGAUAAGUGAUGAACACACAUGCCAUCAUUUGUCAUUCAGAAAUCGAGGAUCACUUACUUUUUUAAAUAAAUAGCUGUGGAUUGUUUCAAAUUACAAGCUUGUUGGUUCUCUGCCUGUUAGGAUUCCUGAGAUUCCUGAGUUGUGAAAAACAUCUAAAAUAUGUGAAGAUAAUGUGUCUUGAGUAUAAUAAAAAAUGUUGACACAGGAGAUAUAGGAGAAUCUCUCUCUCCAGACUGGCUCAGUAGGGCAGUGGUGUGUGGUGAAGAUAUAGGAGAGUCUCUCUCUCCAGAAUGGCUCAGUAGGGUAGGGGUGUGUGGUGAAGAUAUAGGAGAGUCUCUCUCUCCAGAAUGGCUCAGUAGGGCAGUGGUGUGUGGUGAAGAUAUAGGAGAGUCUCCUCCAGACUGGCUCAGUAGGGCAGGGGUGUGUGGUGAAGAUAUAGGAGAGUCUCUCUCCAGACUGGCUCAGUAGGGCAGGGGUGUGUGGUGAAGAUAUAGGAGAGUCUCUCUCUCCAGACUGGCUCAGUAGGGCAGGGGUGUGUGGUGAAGAUAUAGGAGAGUCUCUCUCUCCAGACUGGCUCAGUAGGGCAGUGGUGUGUGGUGAAGAUAUAGGAGAGUCUCUCUCCAGACUGGCUCAGUAGGGCAGUGGUGUGUGGUGAAGAUAUAGGAGAGUCUCUCUCCAGAAUGGCUCAGUAGGGCAGGGGUGUGUGGUGAAGAUAUAGGAGAGUCUCUCUCCAGACUGGCUCAGUAGGGCAGUGGUGUGUGGUGAAGAUAUAGGAGAGUCUCUCUCCAGACUGGCUCAGUAGGGCAGUGGUGUGUGGUGAAGAUAUAGGAGAGUCUCUCUCCAGACUGGCUCAGUAGGGCAGGGGUGUGGUGAAGAUAUAGGAGAGUCUCUCUCUCCAGAAUGGCUCAGUAGGGCAGGGGUGUGUGGUGAAGAUAUAGGAGAGUCUCUCUCCAGACUGGCUCAGUAGGGCAGUGGUGUGUGGUGAAGAUAUAGGAGAGUCUCUCUCCAGACUGGCUCAGUAGGGCAGGGGUGUGUGGUGAAGAUAUAGGAGUCUCCUCCAGACUGGCUCAGUAGGGUAGGGGUGUGUGGUGAAGAUAUAGGAGAGUCACUCUCUCCAGAAUGGCUCAGUAGGGUAGGGGUGUGUGGUGAAGAUAUAGGAGAGUCU